AUGCCUGUACAACGUGGACUGCCUACGGCUCCAGCUGCAGAACAGUCUCUGGUACAAUUUAAAACACUCCUGGCAACAGAAGUGGAUCCUGGCGACCCACGACCAAGUUUGAGAGAGCUCGGGACUAUCGGCGAAGGCAGCACAAGCGUCGUGAGAUUGGCCCGACACCUGCCGGACAAUUCUCUCGUAGCAAUCAAGAAAAUGAACAUUACUACUCAACAGCGACCCGAGUUGCUUAUUAAUGAGGCAGUCCUCAUGCGAACCUUUUCCCAUCCAAACAUCUUGAAAAUGUUUUCCAGUCACAUAAUCGGCAAUGAACUCUGGGUGAUAAUGGAAUUCAUGGACUGCGGGGCCCUCACUUCAGUUCUCGUGAACACCAGACUAAGCGAGAAGCAAAUAGCCACAAUCUGCGUUCCAAUACUCGCCGCUCUGGUCUUCCUUCACGACAAUGGCGUGAUCCACCGAGAUCUCAAGUCAGAUUCCAUUUUACUCGCAUCCGACGGCAGAAUCAAAUUAUCUGAUUUUGGGUUCUGUGCGACGGUCACUCCAGCGAACCCCCGACGAAGGAGUUUGGUCGGUACACCCUAUUGGAUGGCACCAGAGGUGAUAGCUCGUGCGCCCUACACAACAGCCGUCGAUAUUUGGUCAUUCGGUGUGCUCGUCAUCGAGAUGGUUGAUGGCGAGCCAAGUCUUUUCAACGAACCACCCUCACUUGCCAUGUGCCUCAUUAAGGACAAAUUUACACCACAUCUUAAACACCCUGAAAGUGUAAGUGCCACUGCCCCUUUGUCUUUGAUGCCUCUUGACAUACGCAGACCGUGCGCGACCACCAGCCGACGUGCUUUCUACUUUCAGCAAUCAGCACAUCUCCAGUCAUUUCUAAAUGCAACCUUGGAGCGAAAUGAUGCUAAGAGAGCCACAGCCAGAGAUCUUCUCCACCACCCCUUCCUCAGCCUCGCCGGGUCCACCACCUGUCUGCGCCCGCUUUUGAAAAAAAUAAUUAGACAAAAAUGA